CAAUGCUUGGAACUUCGCUUUCAUUUUCAUUUCGGUUGAACAGGGUAGAGAAAAAAAUCGGCCAAAAUCGCGCACUACAGUAAACAUGGCGGGUCUGGAGGUGCUGUACACCUGCUUCAUGGACGGGAUCACCUGUGCCAAUGACGCCGUAGUGUGUUUCGUUCACUGGGAGCUGAUCAAAGGAGGGUACAGGUGCAUCGGCUCUGGAGACGAGGCACGCAGCAGUGAUAAGAAGUCAGAGUUGCUGCCGGCAGACUGGAGCAGUAACAAAGAGCUGUACACUCUGAGAUACAAGCCCACAAACGCAGACACGCUGUUCAUGCUCAAAGGCAUCCCUAUAGAUUCUGCACUCUUAUUUAACUUUAUGAACACAAGUAACCAGCAGGUGUUGGAUUUGGUACUAAACAUCAGUGACUAUGUGAACGCUGACCAGCUGCAGACAUUUGACAGUGUGUACAAAGACGUUCAGAGCUUUUCACAGAAGAUCAGGAGCCAGCUGCUGCCUCCUCAGGACAGUGCUGGGACCAGGGACCAGGAUCGGGGCCGCUCCACAGACCCACAGCAGGACAGAGACCCCCUCCGCAUCCCCCACAGACACCCGCCAGGAGCACAGCCACACUGGCCCGGCCCUCUAGCGCCCCCAUUCGGAGUUGGUGGGGCAGACCUUGAUCCCUUUGGGUCCCGCGGUGGUGGUGGUAUGAUACUUGACCCUCUCCGUUCGGGCUACCCUCGCUCUGGCUUUGACCCCUCCAGUGGGAUCCCAGACAUUCUGCCUCCUGGAGCUGUUCCCCCAGGAGCACGUUUCGACCCGUUCGGGCCCAUUGGACGACACAGGCCGGGGCCUGACCCGGACCACAUGCCUCCUCCAGGUUACGACGACAUGUUCAUGUAAAAGCCAUUUUGUUCCUCUAAGUUCUCCCGUCUCCAGUCAAACGGACAGUGGACAUUUCCUCUCAUUUAUAACACACGGGAUGUUUAUAGAAGUUUUGAUUCAUUUGUGUAAAUAAAAAGUUUACAUCCUCA